GUGGGGACGGUAACGAGUGGUCGGACAUAGCGUGUACGACGGUCGACGAUACGUACGCAGGUGUGUUCACAGUGCUUGUACACCCCGCGUCACGCGCCAGCCAGCCACACUCGGUGUCGAAAAGAGACGGAGGGUGGCUGUGUGAACGAGAGAAAAAGAAUCGCACGCGACGAGUGGAGAAGGUGGUGGUGGAGGAGGACGACGAAAGAACGAUCGUAUCAUUCCGCGGUUUCCUCGCUCGAAACGAAAGGGUCGGUGCGCCAGCCACGGCGAUCGUCGACUUUGAUAUUACAGGACGGUGUCGUCGGUCGGGUCGGGUCCUCGAGGAAGGGACGACUUCGACGAGUUCGCGUUCCACCGAGCAUCGUUCACAGGAAUCGGCUCGCCCCUCUGUGUCCUCGUUGACAGUGCGCGCGAAGCUAGCUCGCUUCACCCACGGGAAGAGUAGUUUAGCAGGCCGAGGAUGGUUCAAAGAAUCUGCACCAGCGUGGCCGCGCUUAGCCUCGCCCUGAGUGCCUGCGUUGUUUUGCCGCGCGCCGUCAUGGCGAUCGACUUGAGUCGGUUUUACGAUCAUUUCAACACGAAACGUACAGGUGACGCGUGCCAUCCGUACGAGCCGUUCAGGUGUCCGGGCGACGGUCUCUGCAUCUCGAUUCAAUAUCUGUGCGACGGGGCGCCCGACUGCCAAGAUGGGUACGACGAGGAUUCGCGACUUUGUACUGCUGCGAAAAGACCACCGGUCGAGGAGACUGCUAGCUUCCUGCAGUCCUUGCUGGCUAGUCAUGGUCCUAAUUAUCUUGAGAAAUUGUUCGGGAACAAGGCACGGGACACGCUGAAGCCGCUCGGUGGAGUCAAUAGAGUCGCUAUAGCCCUUUCCGAAUCUCAGACGAUCGAAGACUUCGGCGCCGCCCUGCAUCUGAUGCGCUCCGACUUGGAGCAUUUGCGCUCCGUGUUCAUGGCGGUCGAGAACGGCGACCUGGGCAUGUUGAAGUCGAUCGGUAUCAAGGACUCCGAGCUGGGGGACGUGAAGUUCUUCUUGGAGAAGCUCGUCAAGACCGGUUUCCUCGACUGAACUGCACACUCCCUUGGAACGUCACCGCGGAGGCACUAUAACGUUGGCUGUAUCGUAUUACAAUCGGACUAUCUUAUCGCUUCGAAAGGUUCCCCGCCAAGUUCGUUUCCUUCCGUCUCCCGUUCCCUAGCCCCGCUCCUUCUACCCCUGUCCCUGUAGCGUCUUUUCAUCUUUUCGCUUCCCUCUUGGACGCUGCUCUUAUUGCUCCUAGUUCCUGCUACUGAGAGAACACCGAGCGAGCACCGAGAUAAGACGAGAGAUACCUAUUGUUACAGAGAGGCAUGGGAGUACUGAACGUUUAAACUUUCGUUAAAUGUCAAGGGUCGACGCUAUUGUAUACCUGUGCACCUUUAUCGACGCGUUUUACUUCAAUGAACGUGUUCUAACAUUUACCAUAUGCGCACGGAAAGGGAAAAAGGGAGGACGUAGAGUCUAAAUGGAAAGAAGGGAAAGGGAGAGUCGCGUGUAUCUUCGGCGACACGAGAGCUUAGUAAUUACCAGGUCAAUUAAUUAUAUUUUAGCUGAACGCCCUGUUGGUCGUCGCAGAGGCUGCGAUCGAUAUUAAUUGGGCACGGCGUAUCGUACAAUCAUCAUCGGAAGGAGGAGUAAUUUCGGUUCAUCGAUGAUAAAUAAAUCCACACUGAAACGUUUAUGGUACCAGAUGAAAAUAGAAAUUCUUUUAUGCGAACGCGUUCAGUCUCGUCGUUCGACUUUCCAUCUUCCUCUCCGGCGUAUACGCGUCGGUUCUCGCUCGUUCUCGGACUCCCAUGCGCUUUUUUUAUUCUAUUCUAAUUACCGAAGCUGCGCUUCGAUGGCUAACGUUCGUGAUAUUCGUGGUAACUAAACGACGACGCGUGCAUGAAACUCGCGCAUCGGCAAGGCAUAUAUAAUUAUAUACUUCUCUGUCGCACUCUUACAUGCUUGCAUAAUUGGUCGAUUACUGCUGGUACAGUACCGCGCAUUUACAACAUUAGUCCUACGGAUUUCGGUAUCCCGUUCGUAUCGAGAUUGUCUAGAGAUUUCGCACCGGUAUUUCAUCGACACACGCAGUUUUCGAUUAAUGCGUUAUACUUCGCUGAAUAUACUGUAUUAUCACGAACACGCACGAUUGCAUACGCGCGUACUAUCCACAGCUAAAUAAGUGAGGGACAAUCAGACAAAUUUUGAAUAAUACCUCUUCCAUUAUAUACUUCAGAGAGAGAAAGAGUGAGAGAGAGAGAGAGAGAGAGAGAGCGCGCGCGCGCGAGAGAUAGAGAGAGAGAGAUGAAUCACUUUGAUACUUGAGGUAUGAGAGAACGCGUUUGAUUGCAACACGUUAGUAACGAAUCGGAAUUUGGUCGGAUAGCUAGGGUGUAGAUAUCGUUAGAGAGAGAGAGAGAAAGAGAGGCGUUGGUUUCACUCAAACGAAAUACCUGUACUCGUUUUAGUCAUCGCCGAUACGUACCGAACGGAAAUACGUAGACAUACCUGACUUGCGUCCAGUUUCUUUCGUUUCGAAACACGCUCGGAUACGUUUAUUAUGCGACGACUUUGUGCAGGAUCGAUGCGGAGCCCUUACCGCAAUUGAAAGGGUUUCGGAUCGAUCCUUUCUACACAUAUGCUGCGAUUCAAUCAAUUCCUACACGAUGCUACUCCGCAAUGCGACAUGCAAAAAGAAUCUGUAACCCGCUUACGUAGCUUUCACAUUCGAGACGUAUGUACGUUGCAGCGAGAUCGAGUGCACGGUCCAUUUUGAAUUCUUGUACAAUUUCUCUUGCUGUGCAAUCGACCGAUCUAACGAUAGAAAAUGCGAAAGCAAAGCAUGGACACACGUACACGCGACCACGCAUAUACAUGUAUGUGUGUUGAAAAAGUAAUUCUAUAUAUACGUAUAUUCUAUAUAUUUUAAGGACGAGAAGCGAAGCAGGUACAAAUCGAGCAUCGUAUCGCGUUCUUUCAGGGUAUGACGCGCAUUAUACUUAAGACGAUUGACGAAGAUUACGAUGACGAAGAAUAAUUUAUGAUGUGCUAUAACGUAUCGAUAUUUUCAUUACGGUGAGAACGGAAACACAACAUAUCAGUAUGGAUACAUAUCAGUAAUUUAAUCCGGAGAUGAGUGAUUAUCGCCGAAUUCUCUCAGAGAGCCACUUACACUCAAACGAUUCAUCUAUUACAUGUUCUCUCAUCGAAAUAAGGAUCAUAAAUGAACUUUGAGAAAAUCUUUAGCCAGUCUGCGGAGAACGAUGAACGUGGAUUACGCUCUGGAGACUUCGGCGUGACAUUGAAAAAACGCAUCUCUACCUAUUAAGCGUAAUAUCUUCUAGUCAAUCAAUGACAUAUCUUCUAAUUAAUAAUAUAUAUAUAUAUUUAAAUAAGUCUAUAUAUAUAUAAAUAAUGACAUAUCAACAAAAGAGUCACUUUUAUCAGAUAGUAGAUAUAAUAUUUUGGUAUAUAAAAAGAAGUGAAGAAAAAAUGGUGAAGAGAGAGAGAGAGAGAGAGAGAGAGAGAGAGAAAGCAGGUGUGUUCCCUCUAAAUGUCAAUUACGGUCCAAAGUAGGGCCUGGACCGAGGACAGGAUACCGAGGGAAGUUUGUGUAAAGCUUUAGGGAAAUCAAGGCUAACUCCUCGAAGGCAGGAUCAAGGCGCUCCGAAUCUCCGCUUCGCGGGCGCGUUGAUCCUUUCGAAAAUUCUGGAUCUAAACUGUGUCUCCGACGUUAUACCCAAGAGACCCACCAACCCCCACCGUCUCAUCCUCAAUUUCGACGUGUUACAUUUAAAGUAAGACCGUUCGUCUCCGGUGGUAAUUGAAAUUAACGAAACCGAAGACGUACGACGACGACGCGCAGCGCGGUAUGUUUCCAUCGCUUUAGAGAGCAAGGAACACCAGUGAAAUGCUUGUACACGCCACGCGCGUUUAUUAUUCCUUUAAAACGCACUUCAUUUUUCGUACGACACGAUCGACCGAUGACAAUCCAUUGCGUUUCGUUGUAAAGUAUUACAUAGUAUAUAUAUUUUAAGCGUUAGACGUAUCUAUAUGUUUCAUUCCACGCUAUCGGCUAAAAAUUUGUAAUCGCUUUCGGUAUCGUUUUCCCUCCUCUGUUGAAAAAUUGUGCAAUUUCUCAUUUAACGAUUCCAAACUUUUGGCCAGUACCGUACGUUUUUAUUAAUAUUAAUAUAUAGGUAUUCUGUUUUUACGAAAUUACAGUUCCAGCGGACGUUUGAAAACCGGUAUCCGUACUACUUUUUAGUUUGAAUGUGGAAUUUGUUUGAAUAAAGGAUAUCAGACAAAUGAUGAAUCAUUGUAAAAGAACAUAUCUAUAUAAUAAUCCGUCCAUAGUAUUCGACUAAGAGGGUUACCUGUAUAGAACGAGGCAAAACUUGCAAUUCUCACACCCUGCAGUUUCUUUUCAAAUACGGAGCAUCUCUAAUUCUUUGUAAAAUGUAACGUAGCGUGAACGAGCAUUGCCAGAUGUUCGUGCACCACUCAAGAAAGUGUACAGAGCGCAUAUACAUAUAAACGCAUUGAUUGUCAAGACUUUGAACGAUGUAAUUAAAGAAAAACGUACACGAAAAAAGAACAAAAAGAGCAGAGCAGACAAAUGCAAGAAACCACCAGACACAGGCCGUUGUAUCUAUGUUACUUUCAACUUCUGAUUGUUCUACUGCCAAAGCAUCAUUCUUAUUAUACGGCAAACUGCGACGUACCGUACACUUGUAAGUGAUCUUGCUUCUUAACGUUUUUGUACUUCUGUCGAUUGAAACAAAAUACAAAUGUUCUUUGGAAAUAAGUUCAGCGCGCGAUGAUCAAUUUAAAUAAAGUGAAAGUUUCUUCAGUUUUA